UCACUUUAGGAUGCAAUUAAGGAAUAGGAUAAGACCAAUCUAAUUGCUAAGAACGUAAUAUAUAUUGUAUAGUCCAAAUUCCACUCUAAAACCUUUCUAGUAUUUCAGAUAGUUAACUUUCUGGGCUUUCGCUGUUUGCUUAUGGGGGUUAAAGUGCAGAAACCACUGUUUCAGAUUGAACCAACAGAGGGAAUUGAAACGGGGUUGGACAAGCUGUAAAAGUGUAUCUAAUUUCGGUGAAGCCAGGCACUAUGAGAAACCAUUCUAUUACGGACUACUUCAAACCAGCUUCAAAACGAGAGAGAAGAAAUGUAAAAAAUGGAGAGGUUGGACUGUCAGUCAUACAUGCAGAACGAUUUGAAAAGGCAAUAUCUUCUCCAGAGAAAGGUAGAAGGAAAAAGAUGCCUGUCCAAACACCAACCAAGAGUCCAGUGCUAGAUGCCUUUCUGAGAGGAGCUAAGAAAGAAAAAAAGGACAAUCCAGCCACUUCAGAAAACAGUAGAUUGUACAUUACGCAGAGCACCAUAUAUCCGAAGGUUGUGGUUAGAAAACUCCUUAUAGAACAGUUGCAAGACCCUGGAGGUAUAACCAAAAAGCAAAAGGAUGUUAAGCAUGACCUGGGGAGAAGUGAGAAGUGUCCAGUUUUACCAAGAAUACCGUUGUCUUGUGGCAAUAGUAGAGAACGGAGGACUGAUUAUGUGGAUCUAGCGGAGGCCAGUUCAGGCUCCAACAAACGGGUUUUGACACCAGAAGCUGAUGCUCCGAAGGACAACGCCAGAAGUAUUGGUAACAUGAAUGGUACUUCGUGGAGUCCAAGAGCACUCCACUCCCCAGUGCUGCAGCACACCCCUAGUAAUUCUCAAUUUAGGUUAUCCUUUUACAACAGAGAAAGAGAGAAGAAGAAACAAAGAAUGGAACGAGCUAAGCAGCAUUCUGUCACCCCAGUAAAGGCACUCUCUGGAACAAGCGUAUCAAAUCAGGACAAUGGAGGUCUCUUAAGGAAGAGAUCAUACUCUGCUUCAUGGGAGACUUCUUCAGAUCAGUCUUCUGAAUCGAAACUGGUUUCAAAACCCAAAGUACCUUCUCCAAACCAAUCUGGACGAUCAUCUGAAAAAUCUGUUAACCUGUUGGAAAGCCAGUCCUUUCCAUCACUUCGCCUUAACUCAGAAAUUUCUUCUGAACCGUCCAAACACACAGAGUUUCCUGGAAAAAGAAAACGGAUCUCCAUGCAUACAGAAAUGAAAAAUGAAAAAGAUAACUCUUCUCCUGUGGAUUCACGUUCUGGAUGCAAUGCAAGUACAAAUGAUCAAAUGUCUGUUGCAGAUUCCAAAGAAAAUAAUUUGCAACUAACUGGCUCACAACUCUUUUUGGAAAAGUCUCGUCCUUUUUCUCAAGAAAAAACUGGAAUAACGAAUUCUCCCCAUCAGUUAACAAGAAUUCAUGCGGACACUGUGUAUACAAAAGAAACAAAACGCCUACCACAUUCUUCCCAGGUUCAGACGGCCAGUGUGUCACCUUUGGUAUUGGGCGCUAAGAAAGAGCGAGACCCACUGAGCCCGACAGAACCUGUCCUCUGUAAAGCUGGUAAUACACAGCAUCCCUCAAAUUCAAACAGAAGCUUUUCUAAAUCAAGAAAGAACUGUGAAAAAACCUCAGAAGAUGCUUCUAAGCUGCCGACAGUGGAAAUUUCUGAGAAGCCUGUAUCUUCAGUAAGGACUGGUAAAAAAAGUGUUGCACGUUCACUGUCUUUUAAAGGUUCAGCUAAUAACCCUAGCUCUUCACAGUUUUUAAAUGAGUUGGACACUGAAAGCCACACAGUAGAGACUUCUGUGCUGAAUGGGAAUUUAAGGAACAGUUUUGAUAGUGAAGAUGAGAGUAUUGAAUGCAAUCUGGAAAGUGAAGAAGAAGAAUUACUCUUACCACUGCAGGAAAUCCUGUCUUUGAGUUCCAAACCACAAAAUAGAACCCCAGACAGAGCUUGUCUUCAGGAUCUUUCACAGGAUACCAUGUCUCCCUCACCAAAACUUCCUCUUUUAAAGUUUCCCGUUGUUACUAAAGUGUCUUAUGUGAACAGCCUGGAGCAUCUUGUGAAGGAGAAAGAAGAAUCCAAAAGGGUGGCUGAAUUGGAGAAGCAGCUACAGAAAGACAUUCAGCAAUCAGAAGUAAGUUCUUCAGUUGAAGUAGAGGAUGAAAGCACCCAAGAAGAUGGAGAUCUUUCAGAAGAGCACAGGGCAUUUUUACAGAGAUUUUCAGUAAUAACUGAUGUGAUUCCCGAUUACCACCCUGGGGAAGAGAUAUUUCACUUCUCAAACUCUGGAAGAAUCUUCAAUCACCAUAACCUUGACUUGAGGAAUUUUGGAUUCCACUCUCAAAAUCCUAUAGAAAAACUCCUCCUUAGCUCUGAAGUAAGACAGCAGCUUUCUUUAACAACUCAGGGGUUCCUCAGUUCUGCUUACAGUUGUACUCAGUGCCCCACGCCAGUUUUAAAGUGGCUGUUUCAGAUGAUGUCAGUUCAUUCAGACUGUUAUGUUUCAACACGGGUGUUGGACAUGUUGAUGGAGAUGACAAUUAAAAAUGCUUCUAUUGGUGCUGAACAUUUUAGACCCUGGGUUCCCUCCCUGUCUGACAUAUCAGCUGUGUUGAUCAAUAUGGGAGUUCACUUUAGCACUCUCUUUCCUCUGAAACAUCUUCAGCCCAGCUUCAGUGAAGGUGAUAUUUUUAGAUCCAAAAUGCAAAUGUUAGUGAUGAAACCAGCAAGUGGAAACAUCUCUUCAGGUCCAGCUUUCUCUUGUCUGCCAGAAACCAAUCUGAUUAAUGUCAUCAAGUUUUUAGCUUUUUGUACAACUAUAUAUCAGGAUGUCUAUACAGACCAAGAAUUAUUGCUACUGCUGUUAUUGCUGUUCAAAAUAAGCCUGGAAAAACUAUUGAAGCAAAUUCCGUUAAUAGACCUUCAGUGCCUUCUGAUAAAACUGCUGAAAAGUAUAAGAGACUGGGAUGCCAAGAUGUCUGAAUUGUGCCUGGCAAUGAGUGACCUUUCUAGUCACCACCAUGACCUCCUGUGGUUGGUUCAGCUGGUCCCUAGCUGGGUAACACGUGGAAGACAAGUAAGAAGAUGCCUUAGCCUCAUAAUCAUUUCAAAAUGUCUUAACCAAAAGAAUACAAGAAUACCAGAGACCAGUGACCAGCAGCUCUCUCUCCUGUAUCAGUAUCUGGUGUACAUAAAGCCUUCUAGUAUAUUAAAGAAGAAGUUAGAAGAAAGAAUGGACCAGCAGGGUGACCUCACUGGAGAAUACCUUCAGACAGAGCUAGAUCAGCAGGCUUACUAUCUGACCUACAUUCUUCUUCACUUGGUCAGUGAAGUUUGUUGCUUUGAUGUUCUGAAUUCUAAUCAGAGGCAACACUUACUGAGGCUCUGCAGUGCCCUAGAUAAACAUGUGAAGUGUGAUAUUAGGGAAAAUGCAAGACUGUUCUACAGAACUAAGGUGAAAGACUUAGUUGCUAGGAUAUAUGGCAAGUGGCAGGAAAUGAUACAAAACUCUCGUCCUACUCAGGGGAAACUGCAUGAUUUCUGGGUGCCAGAUUCAUGAAACAUCAACCAGGUCAGGGGAAAAAGACACAAACUGAACAAGAGCUUCUUCUGUAACCAAGAAAGCCUUUGCAAGUUGAAUGAAAAUUUCAGCAUGGUUGAAACGAAAGAAAUCGACUGCUAGAAUCAAAACGUCAGCUUGGUACAGUUUGCAAUUAAAAACAUGCCUGUCCCAUUGAUUUGCAUUAUUUUGAUAGAUUACCUGUUUUUCAAACCUUGUAUAAAUGUAAUAUAAGAGAAUCUGCUUCUCCUAAUGGCUUGUCUGAAUUGGCUGCUAAUGUUUUAGUAUAUUGAAAGCCAAAAGGGAAGCUUUCUCAUUUUACUUCGCUUGCUAAAAACCAUUGACCUAUAAAAAAAACAAACAAACAAAAAAACCCUCUUUUAAUAGAUUUUAUUUAAAAGAAGAAAAGAACCAUUUGUUUUAUUGCCUGUAUACACCCCUAAGUAUUGCAGUUGCACUGCUAGAGAAGGGAGCAGCCCUUUAAACAGAACGAUAGCAUUUGGAAGCAGUAUUAAGUCUGUCCUUUUCCAUUUUUUGUGUGUGUGUUUGUACUGAAGGGGAGAAUUAGAUAGAAGUGGACUGAGAGAUUGUUUGGCCUGCAGCUCUGCUUUCUAGCCAUUCUGCGGAACAGGCCUGGCAUGGUCGUAUGAUGCCUUUUAAUGGUCUGGAAUGAACUGAUCAAGGUGGGAAUGGUGCCUGUCCGGAUGAAAGUGGUGGAGGCUGAUGUGGAGAACAGCUGUUCUGGAGGACAGGCAGAUUGAGAUGGCAAAAUAAAUGAGCUCAGCCACUGUGUAUUGCCUGUUCCAGUGUUUAAAGAGAAGCAUUACAAGAUGCAUUUCCCCUCUUCAGGUUGUAGAGAGCCUGGACAGGAGUGUGUGCGCGCAGAAGACUUAAUGGUUACAUGAAGCCAUAUUACAUAGGUAGUUUUGCUGCAACUAGAGUAAUAAUUUCUCUGCCUGAAAGGCAAAUUUAACUGCAUAAUCUGGCUUCAGCCCCUCUUUCUGUAAAUGACUAGACUCUUAAAGAUAUCAUUUUAGUUUAAAUUUGGGAAAACCAGACCUUGCCCAUCUUCUACUUCCCACCAUCAUCUUUAUCCGCCUAUGUAAAAGUAGUUGUAAAAGACAUUUUAUGCCUGCCCCUGUUCCUUAGUGCCAGGUUUUGCCCAUAUGCACAUUCUCAAAACUCCUGCUAAAAUCUGAGCUGUGUAUAUAACAAAACAAGGGCAAAACCUGUCCCCUUCUUGUGUGCUAUGAGCAAACACUCCCACUUAAGUCUUAUACUGUAUUUAAUCUGCAGACUAUAUUUAAAUUGCUAAAUUGAAGGAUUUGGUAGAAACACUACCUGAUAAUAUCUUAAUUAAGGCAAGGUGUGAUUUUUUUUUUAUUUUUUUUUUAUUUUUUUUAAGUUUAUGCAUUUUAUAUUACCCUUUGUAGGUGAGCCUCUCAUGAUAAACUUCACAUUCUGAUUUUCUUGCACAGAUGAAAGGCAAAAAUAAGGCUUAAAUUGAAAGAGAAAUCCCCACUGUAAAUAUUUAGGGAACUACAACAGAAUGUCGGGGAGUGACUUUAUUAUAAGCUUAAAAAUAUUCUUACCUGAUUUAUUCACUUUUGAACUUUGCUGUUAAAUUGUUUUUAAAUUGCUAUUUCUUGUCCUCCAUUUUGGGUGUUAAUGUGCUAAUUAUAUUGAAGUCUAGAAAGCCAAAGCAUCUAUAUACAUUUCACAGAACAGUCGGCCUGAAUCUAGUAAAACAAGAUUCAGGCUGAAGGCACCAUUCAGAAAAAUAAAUUUCUUGUCUCAUGUCAAUAGAAAUUGGGGAGUUGUGGGGGGAAACUACUUUGGAUAUUUUUGUUUGGUUUAGUAGAACUAUUUAAGGCAAAAAAAUUAUGGUAGCAAUAUAAAGCAUGCAACUUCCUCUCUUUCUCUGCAGUCUGCCUUACUGGAACAAUAUAUUAAUUCUUUCCUCCAUUUCAGUUACUGUUGUGAAUAUAUUGUAUGUAAUUUUAUUAGGGUUUGUAUUUUUCUUGCUAACAUUAUGUAAAGUUAAAAAACUAUAGGAUAUACUGUAUUCUUUACUGUAAUUAAUGUGUGUAUAUAUUUUCUUACUAUGUAAAGGUAAAGUGCAUAUCUUGUACAUUUGGGGAAAUAAUGGGGCAAAAAUAGUUUUUGAUGACUAGUCUUUUUGUAUUGCAGUUCAAAGCACAUAAACUGCCAGUUUUCUAAUUGAAUAACCACUUUGAUAUUUACUUUUUAUUUAAUGGAGCUAACGAAAAAUAAAACCAAACCUGUUCUUUUAA